UUUGCCCUGUGCCAUUGCCAUUAUUUUGGAUCGACACAUGUGAAUUAGAGGCUGUGUUUUAUUCGAUUGUUUUGUCGUUAAUUUACUAUUUUUUUUAUAAAAUGAAGCGAAAAGGUUCCAACUUAGAUGAAGAAGAAUCUAGGUUGUCGCAAUUACUAUUUAACAAAUCGAAGGACCUUGUAGAAAAAUUGAAACACAAUGACAUCAAAUUGGAGACGUGUGACAAGAAGCCUGCCUGGGUUGAUGACGAUGAUGUUGACUUCCGAGCUGAUAUUAUACCAAACACCAAGAGCAAAGAGUCAUACUCAGACAAACUCAAGCAGAAGUACGAGACAUUGGUAGGAACACCAAAUUGGGCUAAGCUCAAUCAAAAAAUAAAAACCGAAGAUGAAGACGACGAAAUUUUGAGAUCAGUAGGACAUUUGCACAAAAAAAAGAAGUCUGCUUUUCUUUCAAAAGAUUAUCUUGAACUUAAAACUUUUCCUAAAAUCAAUUCUGAAACUGGUAAUGAAGGGCCUAUAAUAUCUUGUGUUGAAUUCCAUCCCAAAAUGAGUGUGGCUCUUGUUGCUGGUUCAUCUGGAAUAGUUUCGUUAUUUUCUAUUGGUGGUGAUGUUAAUGACAAACUCCAUAGCUUCAAACUAAAACAUUUUAAGGUAACAGCUACCAAUUUCACCCCUGAGGGCUCAGAAGCAUUUAUAGCGUCAAAAACAAAUCACAGUUACUGCAUAUACAACCUUGUUAAAGCUGAGCCUACAUUAGUGCAACUGCCUCAGAUUGUAAAGAAACCAAUUAUUUUCCAAAUGUCUAGCGAUGGAAAAUAUAUAGCAACAAGUGCUGGGUAUGAUGAAGUAUACAUAAUAUGUACAGAAUCUAGAGAACUAUUGAGAACAUUGAAACAUGGUAGUAAUGUUGAAGCUGUUGCUUUUAGUUCCAACUGUGACCAGCUGUAUAGUUAUGGCAUCCAAGGUGAAGUUAGUAUUUGGGAUUUGUCAACCUUUCGUGUUGUGAAGAAAUAUUACGACCAUGGUUGUGUAAGAGCAUCCUGUAUAACAGCCAGCCCUUGUGGAAGACUGCUUGCGACAGGCAGCGGAGAGGGUAUUGUUAAUGUCUAUGAAACUUCAAAUAUUACUACUUCAGAGCCAGUACCAAUCAAAACAAUCUCCAACUUAACAACAAAAAUUACAAGCCUACGGUUUAAUGCUACAACAGAAAUAUUAGCAGCUGCAUCAGGAUUCUACCCCAAUGCGGUGAAGCUCGUGCACAUUCCAUCUUAUCAUGUGUUUGCAAACUUCCCCAAACCCUCGUUCAACUUGUAUCAAGUAGACACUGUUAAUUUCUCUCCAAACAGUGGAUUCAUGGCCCUGGGCAAUAACAAAGGCUGUGCAUAUUUAUAUAGGCUUAAGUAUUAUAAGAAUUACUAAUAAAAUGAGUUAUAACUGAGAA